AUCCUCUUCCUAUUUCCGGUUCAUGGGGCGGGCGACGGUAGCGAGCCGGUCAUGGCUGUCGCUGUGGCCCUUGGGCUCUGCCUCUGCUCGCCGGGCACGGCCUGUCCCUGAGCAGCCCCCACUUGUCCGUCGGGCCGCGGUGCGGGCAGAGAGGACCGUGCGCGGCAGCAGGAUGUCAUCACAUUGCCAUACCUCUGCUGUGCUGGUAGUCCUUAUGGCCCUUGCUGUUGGUGCGGGGGCUGAACCACUGACAGAGAAGAGCUGUGAUGUGGUUGGUGAUGAGAGUACUGAGUCGCAAAUGGAAAAAGCCCUGCUGAAGAAACUAGAACCUCUGAGCCAAAUGAGAUUUAACACGACUGUGGAGAUUGGUACAACUGAAAACUAUGCCUACCAUUUCAGGGUAUGCAGAGAGGUCAACAGCAGCUUAAAUGAUUUUGCUGGCCUAGUACAAACAGAUAGGCAGUCUGGAAAGACUACAGUGAUAGGAAGAAUCAAUGAAACCCAGGUCUUCAAUGGAAGUGACUGGAUCAUGCUGAUUUAUAAAGGAGGUGAUUCAUAUGGUAGGCAUUGCAGUGGUGAGAAGAGAAGAGCUGUGAUAAUGAUUUCUUGCAAGCGAGGAAUUACAGCGAGUUCAUUCAGCAUUAUUUCAGAAGAGAGGGAAAAGGAGCAGGACUGUUUCUACCUCUUUGAGAUGGACAGCAGUGUGGCCUGUCCAGCCGAGGAUUCCCACCUCAGCACUGGCUCCAUUCUACUAAUCACGUUUUCUUCAGUAAUUGCAGUCUAUAUCAUUGGUGGGUUUCUCUACCAGCGCCUUAUAGUGGGAGCAAAGGGCAUGGAGCAGUUUCCACACUUUGCUUUCUGGCAAGAUUUGGGCAAUUUGGUGGCGGAUGGCUGUGACUUUGUCUGCCGAUCUAAGCCUCGAAAUGUACCGGCUGCAUACCGUGGUGUGGGUGAUGACCAGCUGGGUGAUGAGUCAGAGGAACGGGAUGACCACUUGCUACCGAUGUGAUAGGCUUUCAACACUGAGUUCUAUUCUCCCCAUCUCCCCCCGAGCCAGUUCUUCUCUCUUCUGAUUUUCUUUACAUGAUAUGCUUUGGCUGUCUCUGGUGUCUCAAGUCUCAUGGAUGCCUCUAGGUGUGAACAGCACUGGUCCCCAGUGGCAUGCCUCAUUACUGUAAACUGUUCUGCUGUUUUGUUUUUUUUUUUCUUCCAAAAAAUGUAGCAAAGCUAUGGGGAGCAAGUGCUGAGAGUUGAUAAGACAGCAAGAAAGCAAUGUGAGUGUUCAGCACUGAGCGGGAAGGGGAGUUUCUUCAUUGAGAGGAAGAAAGGGCCAUGAAUGGAUGCAGAAAGGGGAAGUCUCAGUUUUAAAAAAAAAAAAACAAACAACAACAACAAAAAAAACCUGAGACUGUAGCAGAGGGGUCUUUAGUGUUUUUUUUUUUUCCUGGGAUUUACAGAAUCUGUAAGACACUGAUUUUAUUUUUGUUUCUUUGAAAGCGUUUUGGCUUUUCUAGCUCCUGCACUGUUGUACAGUUUUUGCCAGCAUUACCUGCAUGGAAUGCUCUAUGCUGAACUCACUGUGGUUGGAAGAGGCAUUAGCAGCUGUGUAGUCUUUCCUUUUUCUAAUGCCAGUAUGUUGAAAAGUAGACACCUGUUUCCUUCAACAGGUGUAAAGGGAUGCAUGUCAUCAUCUCAAACUGGAGAGGAGCAAUGCUAAGAAGGACUGAGUUAAAUGCUGUUUCACUACUUUCGAGUUCAGUCAAAAUACUAUCUUCUCCAUCAUAGAGGAGGGAAAAAAAGGGUGAUUAUGUUCUAAGUAAAAAGGACACUUUCUGAAGGUGUAAGUGACAUCAAGGCAAAAUAAGAAAGAGACAGCUAGCACUUGAGUUCUUUAACAAGUCUCUCUUGAAGCUUUAUGCCCCACACAGCUCAGUCAUGGUCAGAAUUAUGAUCUCAUGCUUCCUGAAGCUUCCUUAUUUAAAUGUUUUCCUGGGAAGCUACUAAAAUUUUAAUAAAAGGGUAAGAAUGCUAACACACUCAGAACUCUGUUUAGAGACUCCUGCGCUUGUCACUGGCCCCUUCAACAUGAUGCAUACCAGUCUUAAAACACUUGCCCCGUGCAUAUGGUACUUGGAUACUGCUGGGAGCAGGAGAUAGCCUUCCACUUGGGCACUAGUGAAAAGCAGAUACAGCUGAGUUAUAAGACUUAAUUGGAACCUUUAGGAACUUGGUACCUUGAUUCAUAAUUGCUUUUUGUUUAAAGUCUAGCUCCUCACAUAAUCCCAUUCUGCCAUAUUGUAGACUGGAAGAAAACCAUCUUUGGUCUUGAGGGCAUAGACUGUUGAAUAUCUGUUCCCUGCCAUUAGCAGUAAAGUUAGUGGAUUUUUAUACUGACAGAGCAGUAUAACCAGUGAGAGUAGGGGCAAAGAGAUGACCCUGUUCUCUUGCUGAGCUGAGUGGGCAAACAAAAAUCAAAGCAGGAAUUAUGGUCUCAGUCUUUCUCAUAACAUGGGAAAAAAUGAAGUCAUUAAGCCAGCUGAUGCUGUUUUUCAUGGUGGUUUCAGGUAACUUGUUUUUUGUACAAAACAACUUUCAAAAAUAAAAUGACCGAACAACCUGCUGAA